ACUGCAGUGACCUUUUCCAUCACACACAAUUGCUCUUCUCAGUCUUUUCAUCAAACAAUGCCUCGUAAAUCGCUAAAAGUCGGCGUCGUUCUUGUAGCUGACAACGUUCAUGUCCUUGCUACAGUCGCUACACGCGCGGUGCACGUCAGAAGGUGGAUCAAGAGCCGCCGCUUCGUCAUCCGGGUAGCCAUGGAGAAACGGAGGAAGCUGUCCUUGGGGUGUGUCGCCUACUGGCGUGUCAACGAGUCCCAGGCCCACACGGUGGCGUCUCCUCCGUUUCCUCCGAAAAAACAAAGUGUUAGCCCAGAAUGUGCAGGCCCAAAUGAGGAAGCUCAAGUAUCUCAGGCCCGGUUUUCCACAUCUCAGGGAGGUGAAGACAAAGUUCCAGGUGUGAACGCGACGUGGCAAAAACCAAACUUCCUGAUGGCGACAUCUCCGACUACGCCGUCGCUGUGGCAGCCACUGAAGCGUACGGCAUCAUACAUUAAGUCUAAAAUAAUUAUCUGUUUCGUACUUGAUCUAUUUUGGUAUUUUGGAGGAACAAUUUCAUCUUUUAAUAACUAUUUCGUGAGCGCCGCUGGUUUCGCUCUUGUUGUCGAAAAUGUUUCUCCGGGGACAAAAUUCGAUCAUGUCCCUUCUUGCUUUCCGGGAACUCUGAUUACAGAUGUCUCCAAGUCAAUGGAUUUGACUGAUUACUACAACUACAAGGUCACGACGUCAAGAGAUUGGAUGGGAAGAGUAAAGAGCUUUAAAGCCGAAGGAAGCAUCGGAGACGGCUUAGAACCCAUUCUGAAGUGGCUCUGCUCCCUAAUAUGCUCCGCUUGGUCUGAAAAUGGAACAGACGAGGCUAACUAUAUCCGUGAAGGAUUUGCACUAAUAUCUGGCACACGCAUGGCUGCACCAUACAUUGCUGGUAUAGCUGCGCUGGUGAAACAGAAGCAUCCUCCAGCUGCAAUCAAAUCAGCUUUGAUGACGACUCCGGUGCUCGAAUAG